AUGACAUCGCCUUUCUUGUAUUUCCCCUUACAUGGUGACGAGGUCCGUGUUCUCAAGAUCCAGCCGGCUAAAGACAUAACCAGCACCGCCAAGCGUCAUCCAAUAAUAUGCUCACUUGAACAUGUUUCUUUGCCAGCGACAGGACAAGACUUUACCUCUCAACAGUUCAAAGGGGCAGGAAGAACGUGGCCUGAGCUAUCUGCAACACCCGACACCGAUGCCCUCUUCAAGAAUGGCAGAGAUCCGCAUGCAAGCGAAGGCAGCACACGCUCUACGACUGUAGAAGUACUCGGUGCUGAAAAUGAUCUACCGUGGCGAUACAAAUGGGGCGAUUUCAUCGCCUUGUCAUAUGUAUGGGGAUACCCAAAGAGAAAAGAAGGAGAGCCUCCGUAUCUCAUCACAGUCGACGGCGUUGCUUUUGAAGUUGGACCAAACUUGUACUUUGCUCUGGCACAACUGAGUCGAAGUAUCAGAAUUAGACAAGGCUUCAAAGUCUGGAUCGAUGCAAUCUGUAUCAACCAGGCCGACUUAGAUGAACGCAGCCAGCAAGUCACUAGAAUGCGCGACAUUUACCAAUCAGCGUGGCAGGUUGUCAUAUGGCUCGGCCCAGAAGAGCAUGAUAGCUCACUAGCUAUAUCUGCGCUGUACUGGCUAGCAUGUGAGUCAGAGCAAACGAAGCCGAUGGAAAGGUUCUACACUGAAGAAUUCUCGGUUGACUUGCGCCCUCUGGUUAUUAUAUGGCCCAGAUACAAAAGUUCGAUGAAGAAGGAUGUUUACAGAGCCCUGUUUCACUUCUUUACAAGGCCGUACUGGCGCCGAAUGUGGAUUGUCCAAGAAGUUGCAAUGGGCAACAUGAACAGUCCUGUUAUUUGCGGUAACGCAUGUAUCUCGUGGAAUGAUCUCUACAGAGCUGUCGGGAUAAUAGCCGCCGACGAGUCAAGGUUCGGGCGUGAAAUUCUCGAAACUGUUCAACCACGGAUUUUACCAGCAUGGUCGUUUGAGUUCGCCCGAGACAGACUUCUCCAUGAAAGAACUUGGGCGCCAGAACGAAUGUGGAAGAUUCAUCAGACCAUGACGAAGAUCCAAAACAACCAAAGACUUGCGCCUCUAUCAACUAAAUGGGAAGACCUUGUACGAGCACUGAAUAUUGCACGUGAUUCUCUUAUUACGGAAGAGAAGGAUAGGGUUUAUGGUAUUCUUGGUAUUAAAGCUAUCGCCGAUAGGGUUCACAUCGAGCCUGACUACAAACUCUCACUAUCAGUCAUUUAUACCAAUUUCACGGAGGAGCUCUUGUCGAAAGGUGACAUGAACAUUCUACGCCUAGCUUCUGGUCAUGGCGGGUAUGUUCCGUUCAAGAGAACCUCAGACAGCCUGCCUCCAUCUGUACGAAAUCGCUCCCUCGCACCGGUUUUACUAAUAAUGCUUGAUACUGCUACGAGACUACAGGACAAGACUCCUGUCGGGACGCCUUGCGAGCAUAGCCUUCCCUCCUGGGCAAUAUGCUGGUCCUGUUCACCGGCGCCAACCGCACAGCUUCGAGGAAUGUACCAUGCCGACAGACACCUUGGUUCGACGAUUUCAAGGCCAGCUAUUUCAAAUAUGGCUCUCAUUUUGAAGGGCAUCUUUACAGAUACCAUCACUUCACUGAGCGCAUUUCACGUCGACGAAUGUGAUGGGCGCUAUCCUGACAACACUUUUGCCUCGAACUGCAGCAUCUACGGAGAUAUAAAAGCUACACGGGAGGCACUCUGGCGAACUAUAGUGGCUGAUACAACAUCAGAAGAGACAGCUCGUGCACCAGAGACCUACUCUUGGCUUCUUGAUCACAAACUAUGGCAGAGAGGCGUUGCUGGCGUGUACACAUACGGGUUCGGAUUGCAUGACUUUAUGGCACGAAAUCAGCAUCUCCGUCUAUGCGGUUACACAUUGGAGCAGUUGAUAUUUGGGCACAACAAAUGGCUUACCAGAUUGAGGAUGACUAUUGGUGAUAAUUACUAUAAUUCGACUGAGUCGCAGCGGGAGGCUUUGUCGUGGGCGAUUAAUACGAUGGCGUGGAGGAGACUGUUUGGGACAAAGAAUGGCAGGAUGGGAUUGGGGACAUGUGCAGCUGAAGUUAAAGAUAGAGUUGUCCUCUUGAGGGGCUGUGACACGCCACUUAUCAUCAGAGAGUACAACAGCGGUUGGAAGCUUAUAGGGGAGUGUUAUACUCAUGGUAUUAUGUACGGCGAGGUAGCCGCCAACGAGGAUGAACUUGUAGAUAUCGCGAUUUACUGA